AUGGGAGCAGAAGUUGAUCAUAUUUGCCCCACUGGAAUGAGUGGAGGCUCAGCUGAAGGGAAUGACAAGAGCGAGGGAUUUCGCCUUAGGCCUCCAAAAUGCUUAGGCCGGCCUUAUCAUAAUGGAGGAGUAUGCCAAAUCAUACAGACGGGACUCCUACGUUCCUAUGGUGUGGAAACAGAAGUUGUAGAGACUGGGGAGGCUGUUGUGGAGCUCAUUGCCUCUGGAGCAACUUUCAAUCUCAUUAUCAUUGAGAUGCUUCUACCUAUCCUGAAUGGCCCUGAGACUGUUAGGCAGAUUCGUGCUAUGGGUGCUCAAGGCAAGAUUUUGGGGAUCACUACAUUUUUUGAUGAAAGGGACCAACAAGAAUUUCUUGCUGCUGGAGCAGACGAGUUCAUUGAAAAGCCAUUGUCACCAGAAAUUGUGAUCCCAAUCAUAAGGGGGCUCGACAACUAG